AUGGCAAUGCAAGGUUCAAAAUCAGAAUGUGAGAAGAGUUGGUCAUGGCUAGCUAAGGAGAUUGGCAGGCAAGCUGAUGAGAAACUGAUGGAUAAUUAUGCCACUAAGAAAGGGAGAAAAGACCUGAUAGAGGAAUUUGUAGCCCUGCAACAUGUUGUUUCAUCCAUUAAUUAUGCAUGUGCUAUGUAUAUAGUGAUUUUACAUACUGCAUUCAAGAAGAAAGAAAUUAGGUUGCAACUACCUAGAUCACCUCGCCCCUAUGGAAAUCAAAUUGACCAUUUGAAUAGAUUGGUCAACGAUAGUGACAUAAAUUGUCAUGACCAACUUCGGAUGAAUAGGUGUACUUUUAUGCUUUUAUGUGGGUUGGUGCGAAGUGUUGGAUUGUCUGAUUCAAAGUAUGUCGUCUUAGAGGAGCAAGCUGUGCUGCGCCUCCAUGGUCUCCUCCUUAAGAAGCUUGAACCAGUAACUGCUAAUUGUACAAAUAAUAGGUGGAGUUGUUUUCAGAAUUGUCUUGGUGCAUUAGAUGGAACCUAUGUUAAGGUUCUUGCCCCUGCAAUAGACAAACCAAGGUAUAGAACAAGAAAGGGAGAAAUUGCCACAAAUGUAUUAGGUGUGUGCUCCCAAGACAUGCAAUUCAUAUAUGUCUUGCCUGGAUGGGGAGGAUCUGCUUCUGACUCUAGGGUACUUAGAGAUGUUGUCAGUAGACCCAAUGGGUUAAAAGUCCCAACUAGCCACUACUAUCUCGUAGAUGCAGGUUACACAAAUGGGGAGGGUUUUCUUGCACCAUAUAGAGGACAACGUUACCAUCUUUCCACAUGGAGAGAAGCGGGUGCCCCAACAACUCCACAAGAGUUUUUUAACAUGAGGCACUCUUCUGCUUGUAACAUCAUUGAGAGGUGUUUUGGGCUACUUAAAAUGAGGUGGGCAAUAUUGAGGACUUAUUCUUACUUUCCAAUUAAGACUCAAUUUCGUAUUAUCACUGCAUGUUGCCUUCUCCACAAUCUCAUACAAUGUGAAAUGCCUAUGGAUCUUGAUGAUGAUGAGAAUGAGGAAAUGAAUCCUCCUCCUCCAGCUACUGAAUUAGGAGAUGAAAUGAUUGAUGUUGUUGAAGCAUCUAAUCGAUGGAGUGAAUGGAGAACUGCCUUGGCAACCCAAAUGUUUAAUGAAUGGCAAGCAAGCAGAGGUAUGGAUGACACUGGUACCACUAGUUCUCGUAAGAAGGGGAAACCUCGAAGGUUUUGGAAUCACCAUGAGGAACUCUUCCUCAUUAUAACCAUGAAGGAUAUAACCGCAAGUAAUCCCAGGUGGAAGCUUGAUAAUAAUCAGUUUAGGGCAGGCUUCUACAAUGAAUGCGAGAAGAAGAUCUUAAGAGCAUUUCCUGGAACUAAUCUUCGAGCCACUCCUCACAUCGACUCGAAGAUUAAGUUGUGGAGGAAACAAUAUAGCACUUUUCAAGAUAUGUUAAAGAUAAGUGGUUUCGGUUGGGAUGAUGAACAAAAGAUGGUGCUUGUUGAUAGUGACGACGUAUGGCAGAACUAUGUCAGGAGGGUACCAGAUGCAAAAGGGAUGCAAAACAGGCCAUUCCUGUUCUAUGAAGAUUGGCUUAUUCUAUUUGGAAAGGAUAGGGCGACUAGUGAACUGGUUGAGGAUCCUAUUAAUGCAGUUGCAGCCAUGGAAAAGAAGGAUACAAAUGCAACUACAGAAGAAGGAGAAUAG